AUGGCAGCCGAUCUCAACGAUCAAGCUUCGAUUCUGUUAUCGAUCAAAUCGGACAUUAUCGAUCCUCUGGAUCACCUUAAGGAUUGGAAGCUCACCSAAGAACGGAACCCGCAUUGUAAUUGGAGCGGAAUUGUCUGUAAUUCCGUUGGCGGAAUCGAAAAGCUUGAUCUUUCRAGGAGGAAUCUAAGCGGGAAGGUGUCGGAUGAGAUUCAGCUUCUUCGGAGUCUGGUUUCCAUUGAUUUGUGUUGCAAUGGGUUCUCUUCUCCGUUGCCGAGAUCGCUUUCGAAUCUUACUUUGCUUCGAACSAUCGAUUUGAGUCAGAAUUACUUUGUUGAUUCGUUUCCGCAGGGUUUAGGAAUGGCGGUCGGAUUGACUUUGCUCAAUGCCUCCAGUAACAAUUUCUCCGGCAACAUUCCGGUGGAUCUCGGGAACAAUACGGAGUUAGAGACGUUGGAUUUGCGAGGGAAUUUCUUCAUUGGUUCGAUUCCGGUGUCAUUCAGGAAUUUGAGGAAGCUGAAGUUUCUUGGGCUUUCGGGGAAUAAUCUAACGGGGUUGAUACCGACAGAAAUCGGAGAGCUUSCGGCGUUGGAGAGUAUUGUUCUUGGAUACAAUGAGUUCGCAGGUGGGAUUCCAGCGGAAUUCGGGAACUUGACGAAUUUGAAAUAUCUCGAUCUGGCGUACGGGAAUCUCGGAGGUUCGAUUCCCCCGGAAUUGGGGAAUUUGAASGCGUUAGAAGCGAUGUUCUUGUACAAGAACAAUUUCAGAGGAAAGAUUCCUUUGGAGAUCGGGAAGUUGACUUCCCUGACUCAGUUGGAUCUCUCUGAUAACUUGUUAUCAGGAGAGAUCCCGGCUGAGAYAUCGGCAUUGAAGAGCUUACAGCUAUUCAAUGUGAUGUCCAACAGACUCACGGGUUCGAUUCCGUCUGGAAUURCCAACCUGACUCAGUUGGGAAUUCUCGAGCUAUGGAACAAUUCGUUUUCCGGUUCUCUUCCCGACGAUCUCGGCUUCAAUUCCCCUCUCGAAUGGGUCGAYAUAUCGUCGAAUUCCUUCACCGGCCGGAUACCCGAAAACUUGUGUCAUUACGGUAAUCUUACGAAACUAAUUCUAUUCAACAACGCGUUUUCCGGUCCGAUUCCAGUCRGCUUGUCGACAUGCAACUCAUUGGUACGUGUUCGUAUGCAAAACAAUUUCCUCUCCGGGACGAUUCCGGUUGGAUUUGGAAGUCUCGAUAAGCUCCAACGGCUGGAAUUGGCAAACAACAAUCUCACCGGACAAAUCCCGAACGACAUUUCAUUGUCGUCUUCCCUAUCGUUCAUCGAUUUCUCCCGGAACCAACUUCAAUCGGCACUUCCGUCCUUAAUCUUCUCCAUUCCGAAUCUUCAAAACUUUCUCGUUUCCGAAAACAAAUUGAUCGGAAAAAUACCGAAUCAAUUCCAGGACUGCCCUUCUCUUUCGAUCCUCGAUCUUUCUUCUAACCAGUUCACCGGACCUAUUCCAGCGAGUAUUGCUUCUUGCCAAAAGUUGGUAUACUUGAAUCUCCGGAACAACCAAUUAUCCGGCGAAAUUCCRGUGCCGAUUUCCAUGAUGGGAACUCUAGCUGUUCUUGAUCUGUCAAACAAUUCGUUGACCGGUGGAAUCCCGGAAAACUUUGGGGAUUCUCCGGCAUUGGAGUCACUGAAUGUAUCCUACAACAGACUUCAAGGUCCAGUGCCGGCAAACGGAAUGCUCAGAACAAUAAAUCCCGGUGAUCUCGUCGGAAACGAUGGAUUAUGUGGUAAUGUGCUACCUYCAUGCACCGGAAACCUAGUUUCCGAUUCACGGCACAAGGGUGUGCACAUGAAACACGUGAUCGCCGGAUGGGUGAUCGGAAUGUCGGUACUUUUAGCCGGGUUACUGGCGGCGUUUGCCGGAAAAGCUCUGUAUGGUAAAUGGUACACAAACGGAAGCUGUUUCGAAGAAAGAUUCGAAAUGGGGAAAGGAGAAUGGCCAUGGCGAUUAAUGGCGUUUCAGAAACUCAAUUUUAACAGCACCGAUAUUCUGAAUUGCGUAAAGGAAUCGAACGUCAUCGGGUUGGGCGCCACCGGCGUGGUUUACAAAGCAGAGAUCCACCGUAAUAACACGACGGUGGCCGUGAAAAAGCUGUGGAGUAGCAAAAACGACAUCGAAUUGGGAAGCAGCGCCGGCGACUUCGUCGGAGAAGUGAACGUUUUGGGGAAACUCCGGCACCGGAAUAUCGUUAGAUUGUUGGGAUUUCUUCAYAACGAUAAGAAUGCGAUGAUCGUUUACGAGUAUAUGACGAACGGGAGUCUCGGCGAAGCGUUGCACGGCCAAGGGCGGUUGCUGGUAGAUUGGGUGUUGCGGUAUAAUAUCGCGGUCGGAGUUGCUCAAGGGUUGGCAUAUCUCCACCACGACUGCCACCCGCCGGUGAUCCACCGUGAYGUGAAGCCGAACAACAUUUUGCUCGACGAAAAUCUCGAUGCACGGAUCGCUGAUUUCGGGUUGGCAAAGAUGAUAGUGAAGAAGAACGAGACGGUGUCGAUGGUCGCCGGAUCUUAUGGUUACAUUGCCCCCGAAUACGGGUACACAUUGAAGGUCGAUGAGAAGAGCGACAUAUACAGUUACGGGGUUGUUUUGAUGGAACUGAUCACCGGAAAACGGCCCGUAGAACCCGAAUACGGYGAUUCCGUCGACAUUGUCGAAUGGGUUCGAAGAAAAGCCCGAGAAAACAAACCGCUAACUGAAGUAGUAGAUCCAAACGUAGGAAACUGCAAACACGUAGAAGAAGAGAUGCUCUUAGUCCUCAGAAUAGCCCUAAUUUGCACCGCAAGGCUUCCGAAGGAUCGACCCUCGAUGCGAGACGUUAUAAGCAUGCUCGAAGAGGCACGACCUCGAAGAAAAAGUAGCAGUAACACGAACAAUGGCGGAUUGAGUUCCACAACUAACGAAAAAGAUCGACCCGUGUUUAGCCCGUCGCCUAUAAACGACUUUUUGUAAGAAGAACGUAUCCUGUGACGGGUUUCGAUCACGGGAACGGCUUCUUCCGACCGCUGACAAUGAUAUCGUUCCCGGUGCAUGACAAGCAUUCGUGCAUCGGGAAGCGGUUUUCUGUUAAUUAUGUGUAGAGAUUAUUCACAUUUUGUAAGUU